GUUAAAAAGAGAGAAAAUAUUAACGAAGUUAAAAAACUUAUCGAAACACAUACAACAGAUUAGAGAGCCGAAGGAGAUUUUGCAGAGAGAGAUGUCGCUGGUGGAUUACGCGUCUUCUUCAGAUGAAGAAAACGAAGAAAAACAACGAGUCAAUCCGCCCCCAACUCAAAACAAGCCAACUCGCCCUCCUCCAACUCAAAGAACGGGUCCCUCAGUAAGUCAGCAAGCAGAAACUUCUUCUGGACAAGGAGGAAGUUCUUUACCGAAACUACCUAGUGCUUCACUUGUCUUGAAUUCCCCUCUCACAUUACCCGGCAGAAUGAAUAGUGACCACUCUUCUAAAGUUGAAGCAGCUAGGGCUGAAAAUGCAGCACGCAAGCGAGAGUCGAACUUAUCUUCCACGGACCGUCUUAGUAAAGUUCCGAAAGGAAAUUUGAUCCAUUCAAGGAAUCGUCCAGAUACGGCUAGUGGUCUUUUACGUCCACCUCAACUUGGUGGGAGGAGCAACGUUGUUACAGAAGAUAUAAGCAAGCUAUUUGUAAAAAAACCUUCGGAUCCCAAGUCUAACUAGAUCCUCACAGUGAUAGUUUCCUUAUCUGCCGGGCACUUGCAAUAUGGCAGGCGAUGGAAUAGCUGAAUUUUAAGGUGUACCAAAAGGGUUUUUAAUUAAAUGACCACUUGUUCUUUGUAUAACUAGAGCCGCAUUUAGUCAUUUCUCCCUGUGUUCCAUGGAGAUUUUGAGGACAAUGUAUCUAGCCUAAAUUUUCGUAUUAUAUACAAUUAUUCGUAAAUUGUGUUCA